GCCUUGAUCCUGUUCUUCUACCUGGUGUUUUACGGUUUCCUGACGGCGCUUUUCACGCUCACCAUGUGGGUCAUGCUGCAGACGGUUGACCCGUACAUCCCCAAGUACCAGGACCGCCUCUCCGUGCCCGGGAUGAUGAUCCGCCCCAAGACAGACACCCUGGACGUGACGUUUAACGUCAGCAACACGGAGAGCUGGGACCGUUACGUCAAGAUGCUGAAUGACUUCCUGGAGCCCUACAAUGACUCCAUCCAGGCGGCCACCAACGACGCGUGCCGCCCGGGCCGCUACAACGAGCAGCCGGACAACGGGGUGCUGAAUUACCCCAAGCGGGCCUGCCAGUUCAACCGCACGGCGCUGGGCGCCUGCUCCGGCCUCAACGACCCCACCCACUAUGGCUACGCCGACGGCCGGCCCUGCAUCCUCAUCAAGAUGAACAGGGUCAUCAACUUCUUUGCGGGGGCCAACCAGACCAUGAACGUCACCUGUGCCGCGAAGAAAGAGGAGGACGUGCAGAAGCUUGGGGAGAUGGUGAUGUACCCCCCCAAUGGUCACAUCGACCUCAUGUAUUUUCCCUACUAUGGCAAGAAAGUCCAUGUGAACUACACCCAGCCCAUCGUGGCCGUCAAGUUCCUCACCCUGGAGGCCAACACGGACCACAACGUGGAGUGUAAGGUCAACGCGGUGAACAUCGCCACCACCGACGAGCGGGACAAGUUCGCCGGCCGCGUGGCCUUCAAGAUCCGGGUCAACAGGGACUAAGCCCCGCCUCCCCUUUCCCCCUCCCCCACCUUUCCCGGGGCUCCACCCCCAAAAUGGGCAGGGCUUAAUGGAGGAGGAGGAGCCAGUUUCAUAAGGGGAGGCGCCCCCAGCACA